AUGUUGGCGUGCUGUCUGGCCCCAUUUCGCUGCUGCAUUACGUCCGGAAGCGGCGGGGCCCAGCCGACGACGUCAACGAGACUCGGCCACAACCGUGUUUUUUCGGCCCGCUCGCUGCCGAAGAAGACGCCGAUCCCGCACUUCUGGAUCCCAUCCACGUCGUCACAAGUUGCGCCGACCAAGGAGCCACUGCCCACCGUUGGCUCUUUCGAACGGAAGCGGAGCAUGUCCCUCGAGUCGACCUCUUCGAUCCAGAGGAUUCGGGAUGCUGCUCGCCCGCGAUACUAUUCAAUAUCAUCUGACAGUGCUCCCACUAACGAACAAUCGGCUAACACUCCAAAUUUGACUGACAGCACGAUUUUGGAGGCAUGUGGCUCGCGAGACUCGCCCUCCGGAGAACGAGGCGAAGAAGAGUCGAUGAAGCGCGAACUGCUGGGAUUCGGGUUGGCCAGCGAUGGCCAGCUGGCCAUUCACCCGCCCGGAGACAACAAUUGCGUGCGGAUGCCCGAGCAUAUUAUUGGAGCACCAGCGAACGCGUCGGGCGCGUCGAUCCGCCAGAUCGCCUGCGGCGAGAAGCACACGUUGAUCCUGUCGGAAGAUGGCAAGAUGUGGAGCAUGGGCCAGAAUGGGCGAGGGCAACUGGGACGCGGACGCCCCGGAACCGGCAGCCUUUCCAUCUAUCCGGUCGAAUUUUCGUCGGGGACUCGAGUCGUUCAGGUGGCUUGCGGCCGUGAGCACAGCGCUUGCAUCACCGAAGACGGGCGCCUUUUUACGUGGGGCGACAACUCGUCUGGCCAGCUCGGCUUCCCGAUGAACGAGACGACCGUCGAGAAACCGCGCCGAGCCCAUAUCGACUCGCCGACGUGCCAAGUGGCUUGUGGGCCGGAGCACACGCUCGUGUUGGGACAGCAGGGUACCGUCUACGUCACCGGGCUGCAGUACGAUGGCGCGUCGCUGCAUCAGUUCCGCAUCAUCGAGAGUCUGCUGGGCAUUCCGAUCACGAGGAUAGCGGCAGGCGGCCGGCAUUGGGUGGUGGUCUCGGCGAGCGGCUCGGUCUUCACCUGGGGCCAGAAUGACGAUGGCCAAUUGGGCACCGGCGAUACGACGAGGCAGGCCCGCCCGGUUCGACUCGAAAAUAUGAGCAGCAUGAGCGUGAUCGAGGUGGCGUGCGGCGACUCUCACACCGUGCUGCUGACGAAGGGUGGCCGCGUGUUCUCCUUCGGCUCCGACUCAUUCGGGCAGCUCGGCUGCGGGCGCAAAACGACCACAAAAGCGAUGCCGUCGAUUAUUCCGGAGUUCAUGGGCACCGAAGUGUUACGGAUCGCGGCCGGGCGGUGCCACACCGUUGUCGUGGUCAAGGGGCGCGUCUACGCGUUCGGCUUGAACUCCAGCGGCCAACUCGGCAACGGCACCACGCAAAAUGCGUUACUGCCCAUGUGCCUGGAAAGCUGCGAUCAAGUGUCGACGAUUUUCUCCGGCUGGGAUCACACAUUUCUUGUGCGCGACGCGUGCGCUCCGGACGCCAAGCCUGGGCCGUCAUCUCGACUUCUGGUGCCAAAAUCCCUGACAAAGCAGCUGGUCAGCGACUAUCUGCUGAAGCGCGAAAAACUCGACCUCAUGGACGACCUGCAAGCCGUUUUCUCGUCGCUGUCGCUGCUCAACGGGUCCUUCCUCUACAACGAUGAUCGGCGAUAUAACACCUCCGAGGCGAACCACGGCGUGAACCUCGACGACGUGAUGGACGUGCUCAACAGCCUGGCUGAGACGUCGGACGCCGCCCAGUACGCCGAUCUGAUUGUUGACCGGUGCGAGGAGUCCGUGUUCGGCCCCAAGUUCAAGCCGCAGCUCUUCCUCAGCUUCGAGUGCAUCCGGCCCUUCCUGAUUCUGCCCUGGAUCAGCUGCUUCACCAAGCCGAAAACCCGCGAGAUCGUCGAGAAAUUGCAUCUUCGAUUCGCGAAGGCGUUCUGCGCGCUGACACGACCGCAACAAGUUUGCUUGAACAAAUGGUGGCGCAAAUUCCCGGUUCGCCACUUUAACCGACUCGUCAGCGGCCUGGUGGCAGGUGUUUAUAGAUUGGUCGAGGACAAAGCGCCCGGAAUCCACAGCCUGCCCCUCCUCACUUUCCUCGAGGAGCUGCACGUCUUGAACAGAGUCAACAACCGGAUCCCGCUGCAAAACUUCUACGUGAACAACCUCGCCGACAAGGUCAACAUCCGCGAGGACUACGUGAAAUGGGUUACCACCGAAGGGCCAAACUUCUUCUGGGCCAAGUACCCGUUCAUCAUGAACGGCGAGGUGAAGGGCGACCUGCUCCACGUCGAGGCCCUCAUGCAACAGCAGCGCAUGAUCAACCAGUCGACGGUCAACCUGUUCGGUGCGCCGGUGUUCAUCAGCAACCCGCAGUUCCACUACCGCGUCCGCCGCGACCACAUUGUCGAGGACACCGUGAUGGUCAUCCAGCAAGCCGACCAGGGCACGAUGCUGAAGCCGCUGCGCGUCGAAUUUGUCGGCGAGGAGGCGGAAGACGGGGGCGGCGUCCGCAAGGAGUACUUCAUGCUACUCUUCCAGCAGAUUCUGCAGGCCGAGUACGGCAUGUUCGACGAGGACCCGGACUCGCAUUUGACGUGGUUCAGCGGCAACCCCAGCGAGCCGUCCAUGUUCCAGAUGAUCGGAGCCCUGGUCGCGCUGGCCGUCUACAACCACGUGCUCGUCGCCUUCCCGUUUCCCCUGGCGCUCUACAAGGUGUUGCUCAAGCAGCCCACCGGUCUCGACGACUUCAUCGAGUUGCACCCGGUCGAGGGCAAGAAUCUGCAGUCGCUGUUGGAUUAUGAAGGCGACGAUUUCGAGGACGUGUUCGGGCUCGAGUUCAGCAUCACGCAGAACGUGUUCGGGCACCCGACGACCGUCGAGCUGAAGCCGGACGGCAAGGAGACGCCCGUCACCCAGGCGAACAAGGCGGAUUACGUGAAGCGCUACGUGCAAUUCCGGAUGGAGCAGGGCGUGAACGACGAGAUCGAGAAGCAAAUCGGCCACUUCCGCGAGGGCUUCACGCACGUGCUACAUUCUCGGCUGCUGCACCUCUUCCACCCGCGCGAGCUGAUGGAGCUGGUCGUGGGCAACGAGAACUACGACUGGGAGGAGUUCCAAAAGAAGACGAGAAUACAAUACACGGAAACAGUCGAG